UGACUCCUCCUGCUGAUGACUCACUGACAGGUGUGAGUGCCGAUCAGCUGAGUGUGUGUGUGGUGAAGAAGAUACAAGAGAACACGGCCGUCACAAACAUCUUACCUGUCAGCUACAGACCGGUGUCUGUCUCAGGGCUGCUCUCCCUGCAGCACCUGGCCUGUGUCAGUAACCUGUCCUGGAGCACCAAUCAGCAGCGAGCCUGGGCAAAGGAGGCGGAGCUUUCUCUGCCGGGUCACCUGGCUCUGCCGCGGGUCAACCUGCUUCUGAUUGGCUGUCUAAGAGAGGGGCGGGACGGAGAGUGGAGGCUGACGGACGCCAGCGGCAGCGUCAGGUGUGAGUGCCUGUCUCCCUCUCCUUCGUGGCUGAACCGUCCUGUCUUCCUCUCUCACUGGAACUACAUCCCCCACAAUGCCCCGGGGCAGGAGGAGGCCCGAGGCUACGUGGAGAUGAUUGGUCCUCCUGCUUUCUUGUGUCCUGGUCCUGAGCAGGGAUUGGCUGUUGGUCCUGAAGGAGGGGCGGGGCUUAGCAGAGCUGUUGCAGUCAGAGAGGCUGCUGGUUUACUGGACAACAGGACUCGUGGACAGCGUGUCUCAGUCUUUGGUCUGGUGGGUUCAGUGUGCCCUCAGCUGGUCGUGGCAGGAACAGCCUUCUUCUGCUUCUGGCUGAAGGACGACUCUCACAGUCUCCGUGUCCUCGUCAAGGACAGAAGCAGGCUGUGGUGGACUCAGUGUGUGUAUGUUGGUCAGAGUGUGUGUGUGACGGCGUUGCGUGUGUGUGUCCUGCGAGGCUGGAGAGGAAACAACAUCCUGUGUGUGACGGAACAAUCUGAAUUGCACACAAACUUCACACACACUCCUGUAGGCGACACACACACUGACACACCGUUGGACACGCCCCCACCGCUGAUGAUGUCACACGUUGAUGAUGAAGACUGCGAGGAGGCGGAGCCUGAAAGAGGCGUCAACGAAUUAGGUGUCAGGAUGAAAAAGUCCCGAGUCAUCAGUUACCAGGGCACUGUGACGAAGGUGGUGAGUGAGGGGGCCGGACUGUACGUGAUUGACAGGAAGGUGGGGCUGUGCCUGGCCUAUCAGCCGACACUGAGGAGAAAACUGAGAGCAGGAGACUCUGUGGAGCUCCAUCAUGUCCACUUCCUGUACCGGCCCUGUCCUGACUUUCCUCCCAGCAUGCUUUGCACCUGCCUACGAUCCAGCCUCAGGGUCACCGCCUUCAGCAGGGUGGGGGGGUCGUCACCUGACUCCAGCUGCCCCGGUGAUGGAGCGUUACCACGGUUACUGCUGGAGAAAAACAUGGGUGUGUCCGAGUACCUGUGGACCUGUCACCUGAGCUCACAGCUCACUCACAGUCUGGUCCCCAGUGUGUUGAAGCAGCAGUGUGUGUGCGUGUUGUCCUGGAAGCUGAUGGAGUUUGUGAUGAGGCGACGAAGAAGAAGAGGAAGGAGGGAAAUCUACUCAGAGAUGUUGGACGAGCCUCACACCUGUCCUCUGACACAGUACAGUGUUGACCCUGCAGUACAUCAGUACAUCAGUAUAUCAGAGCUCAGUCAGUCUCUACAGUCAGAGUGCUGGUCUUCGGUCUCGCUGAGCUCUCUGCUGCCUCCUGGUGGAUCCGGCCUCACCAGGUCUCAGAUCAACACAGCACUGGCUUGGUCCUGCAGGACUCUGACCUCUGACCUCCAGGAACGGCCCCAGACUGGAGACAGACUCAGGCGGCGCCCCCUGCUGCUGGUCGGGGUGUUGGAGCUCCCAUCACUGACGUCUGAACAAACCCUGCAGCUCAGAGACACUACGGGGGCUGUGGCCUGUGUCGCCACGGAAACCAGCGAGGAGGAGGAGGGAGGUCAGAGGGCAGCCUUCAACACUGCCUGGAUAGGCUGUCUGGUGUGUGUCCAGCAGUUCACCAUGGUAACGGAGAGAUUCCUCCAAUCAGAUUUCCCCUCCUACCAACACCUGGACCAGGACAAGUACAUCACACACAAACACUGCAGAGUCUACCUGCAGUUUUCUCUGAACCACCUCCACAUCCUGAGUCCGUCUGUUGCCAUGGUUACACACCUGGGACAGAGGGGGAGGAGUCCAGCGAUGAUGUCACAGCGAGGAAACAGACAGCAGAAGAAGAAGAGACGGAGGGAGCUCAGACUGCAGCGAGGAAGAGAAGAAGAGAGGCCGACUCCUCCGUUACCGUGACUACC